CCCACAGUGUUGACUUGGUAGGUCCAUAUCCUGGAGAGGUGGGAUCUAUCUAAAGAGAAGGGUGUGUCCUAGUGUGUCUGAGUGUGGCGUGCUCUACUGUGCUUUCCUGGUCUGGGGAGUUUUCCACUUCAAGCCACGGUGCACUGGUGCCCCUCCUAAAGCUGGAACAAGCAGGCGAUUGGAUGAUUCCUGGUCCACCCUGACAACUGACUCCUCUCCCCACACUCUUCAGACUGUAGGCCAGUGUUUCUAGCUUUUGCAUUACUCACCUGGGAGGAGAACUGUAGCCUACUGGCAUCAGGAGUGCCAAAGAAAAGGAAAGGGAAGUGAGCUUCGCCACCCACAGACAUCACCACCAUCACCAUCAGCACCAUGGCGCGUGAAGAGGCCUACUUCAGACUCAUGGGCGGCAUCCAGCAGCUGGAGUUCAAGGAGGGCUGCGUGCCCAGUGACCUGGUGCUGAUCGGAGACCACGCCUUCCCCCUGGCCAUGAACCCCCGCGGACAGGUCCUGAUGGCUGCCUCCAGCUACGGGCAAGGCCGCAUUGUGGCCCUCGGACACGAGAAGCACCUCACAGACUUCCCUGCCGUGGUGAUGAACGCACUGAGGUGGCUGGUGGCGUCCCCCGACAGAAGUGAGGUGGGCGUCCACCCGUCUUGCAAGGCAGUGGCUGACAACCUGAGCUACUCUGGCGUCAAGGCCCGAAUGUGCGAGGUGGUGGACGCGGGUCUCGGAGUGUACGUGACUGAUGCGUACAGUGUGGCCACUCAUGAGAAGGAGCUGGUGAGCUUCCUGAAGGGUGGGGGAGGGCUGCUGGUGGCUGGCCAGGCCUGGAGCUGGGCGGAGAAGAACCCCGGCGAGAACUCCAUGCUCGGUUUCCCCGGCAACAAGGUGUGCAGCGUGGCCGGGAUCUACUUCUCGGAACACUACGGGGAGGUCGGGACGUUCCCCGUGCCCCACCAGAUCCCCUCCAGCUGGCUGGCUGUUUCAAUUGGAAAAGAUUUCAAGGACGACUUUGAGUUCCUGCUGAAGGGCGUGUCGGAGUUCGACAUUCAGGGUGGCGCGGUGGCCUCAGAGGUGCUGGUGCACGGCCCCCUCUCCUUCCCCAUCGGGGUGACGCCGGACGGCCGAGCCUUCAUCGCCGGGGCGUACUACGGGCAGGGCCGCGUCAUCGUGACCACGCACGAGGGCUUCUUGGGACGCGACUCGCUCUCGCCCUUCUUCGCCAACGCCCUGCGCUGGCUGGACGAGGGCCGCGGUGGCACGGUGGGCGUGGAGCCACGCCUCAAGAACACCGUGCCCUCCCUCUCCAAGUCAGGCCUGAAGUGCCAGGUGACAGACUUCAAGGAGGACCUGAGCGUGUACGUGUGCACGUCGUACAGCGACGCCCGCUGCCAGGACAUCCAGGACUUUGUGGCGGAGGGCGGCGGGCUGCUGAUCGGCGGGCACGCCUGGUACUGGGCGCAGUCACACAGCGGGCAGAACGCCAUGACCGGUUACCCUGGCAACCACAUCCUCAACAAGAUGGGGCUCUGCAUUCUGGGCGAUACACUGAAAGCGGGGCUCUACAAGGUGCCCGACCUGGAGAAGGCCUGCUCCGAGGCCUACCACUUCCGGGGCCUGCUCCGGCGCUUCGCCAGCCACGUGACGGAGGGCAAGAGCCUGACACAGCACGAGCAGGGCUGCCUGAAGAAGCUGGGCAGCGACUGCGGCCACUACCUGGCCAUGGAGAACCACGGCUGUGCCGCCUACACCUCCAUGGUGACCAUGCUGACGGACAUGGUGAAGCAGGCCGGCGUGCCCCAGGUGUGCCACAAAUGCCCGGUCAAGAGCGCCAAGGACCACCUGCUGCUCAAUGUGGGCUCGCAGGUCUACAAGGUGUGCAAGGACCCUGAUGCCCUGCUGCCCUUCAUCAUCAAAGAGCAGCCGUCUCUGCCAGUUGUGUACAACACCAAAGUGCCCAUCAGUGUAAACGCUGCAGGAGGCCAGGAGUGGGUGAGCACGGGUCUCUACCUCUGCCCAGGAAUGAGGACGUACAUGUCAAUGCCACCAGAGAUCGUAGGCAAGGGCUGGAAGGUUCAGAUUGGCUGUCAGACCGAUUACAUAGGGAAUUCCAAUGAGCUGAAGCGAGCGCCGAGGGUGUGCGAGUGCUUCCCCGUGGACAAGGAGAUGGUGCUGGUGAACAACCUGUGGGGGGGGCUGGUCUACCUCAUCGCCCCCGGCAAGAGCAAGGUGGAAGCCGCCGAGGUGGUGGUGCAGAUCGCAGUCCAGGCACCUUACUACAAGUCUGGGGUGACAACGGUGGAGGACUGGGUGCAGCGUGUCCGUCAGGCCCCCGCCCCCUGGGCGGAGCUGGAGUUUGAGAACAUCAUCCUGACGCUGCACUCGGAGUUCAUCCGCAAGCUGGACCGCCCGGACGAGGUGGCCGCGCUGUGGGACGGCAUCAUGAAGGGCAUCGCUGACCUCGCCGCCAAACCACACAAGUUCCCGCGCAAGGAGCGCUUCGUGGCCGACGUACAGAUCUCUCACGGCUUCAUGCAUGCAGGCUACCCGGUGAUGAUGCACAGCUCGUCAGCGGCGGGCCUGGUCAACCCCAAGUCGGCGCGCACGUCCGGCCUGUGGGGCGCCGUCCACGAGCUGGGCCACAACCAGCAGCGCGGCGUCUGGGAGUUCCCCCCGCACACCACCGAGUGCACCUGCAACCUCUGGUCCGUCUAUGUGCAUGAGAACGUGCUGGGAUUGGACCGCUCCAAGGCGCACCCCAACAUGACCAAGGAGAAGAGGCAGGGCCGCGCGCGAGACUAUGCCAAGGGAGGCCGGCAGCUGGGCAAGUGGUCCGUCUGGACGGCACUGGAGACCUACAUGCAGCUCCAAGACACGUUUGGCUGGGACGCGUUCAAGCAGGUGUUCAAGGAGUACCACAGCAUGACGGGGGUCCCUAACAACAACAAGGGCAAGAUGAACACGUACGCGGAGACCUUCUCCAAGGUGGUCAACAAGAACCUGGCUCCCUUCUUCAAGGCCUGGGGGUGGCCCAUAGAGCCCAGCACGGAACAGAAGCUGGCCAGCCUGCCGGCCUGGAGUGACCACCCCAUGGCCCAGUACGCAUGAACAGUGCAUGAAGAACAACAGGCAGCGUAACAGUGCUGGGUGGGUUGGGGUAUGCUAUUCCAUGUACAGUAAUUUUUUUUAGGGACCAGCCCAUAUACAUUGGCAGGGAAGUGUAUGAAGUAGAAGUAAAAGUACUCUUACUGUUGAAAUUACAACACCACACUGUAAAACAUUGCAGCCAGUUAAAUGUAAAAAGUAAGUUGCCCUGCUGCCUUAAGUUUGCAAGUUAACUCAGAGACGAUCUACUGUAAAUGCAGAAUAGAGAAUCUUCGGUUAACUCAGAUUGAGGUUUAUAGCCUCAAGUUGAGUUAACUUACAAACUGAAGGCAGCAGGGCAACUUACCUUUUUACGUUUAACUGGCUGCAAUGUUUUACAGUGUAGAACAUGAUCUUACAAAACUUCUGUUUAUGCAGCAGUUAUUGCAAUGUACCUAAGAAGGUCGAUACACUGAAAGAGUACUUCUUCUUUAACUUUGUAUAUCUCUGAGUGUAAGUUAGGUCAAAGUGAUGGGCAACCUGGAGUCACACCUGAACUUCCUCUUUCUUGAGUUUACAUUAUUAGAGCAUGCCUGUUUGUAAAAAUGGAUUGUAUAAUUUGAUUGUAUUGAGUGAUUGUAUAAUACAGAUUGACGAAUCUAUAAAAUAUAUUUAGCACUUUGGUUAUUGACAUUAUGUGGAUGAAUUGAGAAUGGUGAAAUAUCAUAUUUAUAAAAUUAUAUAUAUAUUUAAUAUAUAUAUAGUUUGUGCCUUGAGUAGACAUAGACAUUGCACUAAAUUGGAACAUGGUUUUGGUUAUUAUGGGGUCACAUGACCCUGAUGUCACUAUAUAGGUUUGUCUAGAGAGACUAAGCCCUGAUGAAGACCUGCAUGGUGGAAACAUGUCUGCUCUUUUAAUCAUGAUUUAGCCAUAAGUUAAUGAAGCCCAUAUAAUUCCCUUCUUUCUUUGUUUACUUGGAGUUGCCUGGAUUUACCUUUUUUGCUGAAUUUAACUGACCCCCUUCACCCAAUGUAUUUGUGAGGAAACUGCUACUGUUUGAGCUACCAGCCAUCUUUUGUAAAAAGUUGUUUUUGGUUGUUUGAUUGAAACUUGGGCCUUUGGCAAUAUUGAACUGAAUUGUAGGGAGGUGCACAACGGCAUGACUAUCAAUACUAUGCACUGUUACACAUUUCAUGCUGCACCUGAUGUGACACUAUGAUUCCUAAGAGACCUUCUGCCUUCUACAGAAUCUCUGCCUUUUCAUACGAUCUGUUAUGCUGAUUAUGUUAUGUUUCUUAUCACAUCUUGUAUUUGUUUACUGCUUUGGGCGAGACUGUCGAAAAUAAUUACAAUAAAAUCAUAAUUUAAUUGAAA